AUGAAUCCUGGUGAUAGUCUGUCUCGUCAAGCGCUAGGGAUACAUAAACAUAUUGGUGCAUUAUACAACAGACAGACGGACAAUUUUUGUAAUGGAUCACUUUUCGACUCUAGCAUACAAAAAACAAUCCUGCAAACCAACCUUAAACAUUCUCCUACUUUCCGCUCCUCUCUGGAAGAUUUACCUAGUCGAAAAUUAGAUUUAUUGGGCGUCGACAGAGACCUUAAAUUAAGCAUUUUAUCUGGUCUAUCACACAUAGAUAAUGAUUAUGCGGCGUACAUUUAUGACGGUAACAAAUCGUCAACAAGUAUAAAGUUUAGUUUGGUUUAUCGUGAAAUAACAGCUAGUCAAACAUUUGAUAUGUUUCAAUCAGAUAUCAAAAGAAAAAUGAUCAUUAAUUCCAGUCAUGGACACAAUGAUGCUACUCAUUUUCUGGUUGAUGUAGAAUAUGGUUUUGCCAUAAUUAUUUCAUUUGAAAUAACAAAUGUUACUCCGCAAAAAUCCAGUGAAUAUAGAACAAAAAUUAAUCAUAUUUUAAACAAAAUAGUUCUAUCAGCAAUAUCUGCUAGUACAUCUUAUGAACUAGUUAAUGAUGAAAAAGAGCUUCUAAGCAAAUCAUUAAUGACUAUUUUUACCGAUAUUUCAGAGAAAACGAAAAUUACCACCAUGGCUCCUGACAAUAUUAUAACAUAUUUGAAAAAUAUUUCGACUAUGGUCGAAAAAGACGCAAGUUUAGCGUCACCCAUGAGAUAUACGUUCUAUUCAAAACAAAGAUACCUAAAAGAUCAUGCACAUCGUACAACAACUAUUUAUCCUACGAUAAAAUGUUUAGAAACUGAUCUUGUUCGUGUCAUCAUUCAGGAAUUUGAUUAUGUGCAGCAAGCUGUUCAAGAGCUCAGUAACUUUGUUCGUCUGUUAGCGACCAUUGAUAAUUCAUAUAUCCAUCGUCGUGUCAUGAAAUAUGAAAAACUAUUAUCAGACGCGAAAAACAGGCAACAAGAAUUUCAUCAUUAUCUCUCCACCUUACUUGUUGAGUUUCGUACAGAAAAUCUGAAUGCCGAAGAAAUCAGGAAAUUCGUAAAAGACUAUCAAACGCAAGAGUGUCCUGCAAAUAACAUAAAACAAAUAUUAAACUGUGAAAAAGUAUUGCAGCAAAAAGCUAUGUUUAUUUUAUCUUUAGAUAUAUUGGGUAUUGUUUAUUUCGAUAUUACAAUAGCACAUCCAGAAUCCGCCGCUCAAAUAUCGUCUGCUUCCACAUCAAAAGUACGAAAAAAUGAAUUUUUGAAUAUUGCUAAACGGUUGCCCACUAAUUUUGACAAAGGAGAAUGUUAUGUAUUUUAUUGCAUAAGUGAGAAUUGUCUCAAUGAAACUGAAACUUGGAAACAAUUUCUGAAAAAGAGUAAAACUAAAAGCAGAGACACAAAGUGCAUAUACAUGGACUGUACAAAUUGUGCCGAAAGUUAUCAGCCACCAGAAAACAAGAUUUGUUACUAUAAAGACGGCCGGUCGAUCACCGAAGAAGAUAAAGACGAAGUUCAAAUGACUGCUGCCACUGGCAAAGACAAUGCAAAUCGGGAUAUUAAUAUUUUGCUACUGGGUGAAACUGGUGUAGGAAAAUCCACAUUUAUUAAUGCGUUCGUCAAUUAUCUGACAUACGAUACAUUAGGUGAUGCUAUAAACGGCGAACCAGCUAUACUAAUUCCAGCGUCGUUCAGCAUUACGGACAGUGAAACAUUCGAACAAAGGCAAGUCAAAGUCGGGGACAUCGAUGCUAACGAGGUUAACAAACCAGGUCAAUCGGCAACUCAGGUCUGUAGAACAUAUUCGUUUCCAAUUGCAGACCGAACAUUACGAAUUAUUGAUACACCUGGUGUCGGCGAUACAAGAGGUUUACAACAAGACGGACAUAAUUUGGAGCAUAUUAUCUCUCAUCUCAGCCGAUAUCAGCAUCUUAAUGGAAUCUGCAUGUUACUGAAACCAAAUGCGUCGAGAUUAAACACAUUUUUUCGUUUUUGUAUAACUCAGCUAUUAUCAUAUUUGGAUGUCAAUGCAAAAGACAAUAUUAUAUUUUGUUUUACGAAUGCUCGCUCGACAUUUUAUUCUCCAGGGAAUACGACAGCAUUGCUCAAACAACUACUGAGAGAACUACACGAAACAUCCAAAAUCGAUAUACAGUUUAGCAAACAAAACACAUUUUGUUUCGACAAUGAAGCAUUUCGCUUCUUAGUCGCAGCAAAAUCAAAUUUGAAAUUCGAUAAUAAGCAAGAAAAUGAAUGUUCUCGAAGCUGGGACGUAUCUGUGAAUGAAUCAUUCCGGUUUGUUCAAUAUGUUUUGUCCUGCACUCCUUAUAAUUUACGUGAUACAAUUGAAUUUAAUAAAAUACGAAAGAUCAUUCUCGAAUUAGCGAGACCCGUUUUAGAAGCCACACGUACCAUUCAAAUGAAUCUAAAAUGUCUCAACGACACGAAACGUGAAGUAAACACCUCAACAUCGACACAAAAGAAUGAUAACCGUAUCCCACAUAUUGAACUUAAGAAAAUAUGUUUAGAACAACCACGAACUUGUGAUACAAUCCAAAAUCCCCAUAUUGUCUGUUGCGAAGUGUUUGCCACGAGUAAUGGCAGAUGUUACCACUGUAAUUGUUCUUGGGAACAUCAUAUGCACAUGUAUUAUGAAACGAAACUAUGUAUGACAUAUUUAACCAUUCCGAAUGCAAGUAAUAUUGAUCCUGUACAAGAGUUAGAUAAACGAAUAGAAAGUCUUAAUGAAGAACAAAAGACUAUUAUUGAAAUACCUGUGAGAUUUAUUCAAUAUUUAAAAGAAAAUUCCAUAACGGCAUUCAAUGACCCAUUCGCUGAUUAUAUGAAUUACUUUGUUAGCGAAGAACGGUUGAAAUGUGAUAUGGGUGCGAACAAUCAGUUAGUUCUGAAUGGUUUAGAAAAAGUACAAGAAUUAUAUAUUCAAAAGUUAAAAUCAUCCGCCAAUUCAACAACAACAAUAGGAAAAGACGAAAUAAUGAACCUUUUGCAAAUAUUAUAUAGUUUACCACAUAAUGGUCCUUCAAUAAAACAACAAAUGGAUUUAGUCAAAACGAUGCAAGUUAACGCAUUGGGGAAAACUGAAAAAAUUAUCGAUAUUCCUAAAGAACGUAGCAAUAACUCGAUCGUUUCUAAAUUAACAACAUUAUUCAAUGACAAUCAAAAACAAUUCGGAGUACUUUUAUAAGAGAUUUAGUCAAGAUAAGCACAUUUCUAUAUAAACUAUAUACAAAAAAAUUGGUAAAUCUAUAAAUUCUUUAAAAAAUUGCAAACAAAAGGGUUCUGAAAAACUGAAAAAUUCGUCGUCUUUGAGCCUUUUAACUAUUUUCACUGUAACUCGCGAACGAUAGGAAAUAAACACAGAACAAAAAAAGUGUCACCUUGAAAAAAAGUGUCACCUUGAGAAUGUUCUUAGUUACGUCUGAUAAAAUUCGGUCUAAUCGACUGCGCUUUUCUGAGUGUCACCAUGCAUAUGAACUAUCUGUUUCUUGCAACUAUCUGUCUUUGCAAUCUUUCUUAGUUUAGUUGCUAUUCAUCUUUCUUGCAAUCUGUUUCUUAGCUUCGAUGCACGGAAAUCUCUGUAAUAUGACAGUUAAAGGAUUAAGACAGAAACGGAAACGAUACGAAAAAGAGUUUCUAAUGUAUUCUGAAAGCACGAACUGUUGGCUGUUUUCAGUUUCGUUUUGAUUGGUUUCUAUGAAGAGUCUUAACAAAAGACGGGUAAACUUCAUACUUUCUUUGUAAGCGUUUUGGACAGCUACCUAUUAUAUGGUCUGACAUUCAUCAAAAAAAUGUUUUUCUGCUACAUUAUUCGAGUGUAGUCCUAUUGAGUUCCGUAAAAAAUAAAAAUAAUAAUAAAUAAAACUUAGCCUUUUCCUGUGCUUAAAUAUAAAUUUGUUAGGCAAUCGUCAAGAAAUCUGACAGUUAUUUCCUAGACUUUGACUUUUCUAUCCAGUCCUUUUAGAGUGCCGUGCAAACUUUACUAAAACACCAAAAUUUACGAGGAAAAAUUUUUACGAGCAAACUUUCUUUCAGGACUGGAACCGGAAAAAACAUUUUACGCAACAGUCAAAAAACUUCUUGGUUCCAGUCUCAUUUCCGCUCAUGUCCCUGCUGAGUACAUAUUAUACCGCUACUAUUCUUCGACUAACUUCAGAUCGCAGAUAGUCGAAAACAGUGCAAAUGACUGUUCUGCCUAAAAAAAGAAUAUUCCAAUUUUAUGUGCAGGAACGGUUUUUUAAAAUUUAGGACCGUAUGUGUAUUUUUUAGUUUUCUCACUGAAGAAAUUAGUUCUUAAGGUUAAAACUAAUAUAUUGUUGAUCAACUCGAAAAGCUCUAUUCAACCAUGUUAAAAAAAGUCAACAAGAACACUGCUGUAAUUUACGCGCGCCUUACAUAACAAAGUAAAAUGGUUAUUAGGUACUUCGCUACCUUGCUCCCUAGAUGUUGUCUGAACUCUCAGCACGAGAUUUUCUAACAGAUAUUUUAUAAGGUAACCCAACACAUAAUCAUCGCCAUACGCCCAGAUCCAGUUCGUCGAAAAUACAUUAGUCGGGCAGAAUUCUCAGAACUCAACAUUAAACACUAUAGUCUUUCUUCACUUGCUUCCGUCAUCUGUACAUAGCCUUUCCUGCUCUCAUUUCUAUCAGUUUAUCUACCUGUUCACCAAUUAUCGUUAUAUUCAACACUGCGAUUGUAUAAUAACACAUUUAUGUCUAUUUAUAGUAAUCUGAAAUACACAAAUUGUACUAUAAAUUCUAUAACUUUGCAAAGAUAGGUCGUGUAGAGCUGGGAGAUGUCUCAUUUUAAUCAGAAAUUUGCCGGCUACAAUUAGAUCUCAUUAAGAAGGUUUUAGUUAUUUUUCAGAGUUUCUGAAAAACUGGUUUUCCAGAAAACCGAGACUUCAAGAGUCAUGGGCCAGAAUCCUUUUAGAGUUUUUACUAGCUCGACACCCUCUAUCGAUCGACGUAUGAACGAACGAAAUCGGAAGAGUUCACCGAAAAACAUUCCCUCGUGAGAAGAAACUUUUAUCUGGAAAAUAUAUCAAUUUAUAGUACAAUUUGUGUAUUUCAGAUUACUAUAAAUAGACAUAAAUGUGUUAUUAUACAAUCGCAGUGUUGAAUAUAACGAUAAUUGGUGAACAGGUAGAUAAACUGAUAGAAAUGAGAGCAGGAAAGGCUAUGUAUACCGCGAACGACAUUACCGCGCACGACAUUACCGCGAAUACAAAAAAUGACAUUACCGCGAACGACGUUACCG